AUGCCGCCCGGCAAAAAAGACCAGUGCAAAGCCUGCGGAGGUUAUGAGUUUGCUCUCAACGAUGGAUUCAUGUAUUGCGAGCGAUGCGGAGCUCUGCUCGAGGUGAAAUUCAUUGAAAAAUCCGUGAAAAUCGAUAAAAUCCGCCUUGUUCCAGAACUUCGAAGAGAUGGAAGAGGAAGAGGGAGGAAUUAAUCACACGAUUGGAAAAGGAAAGAUUAAUAUUAAAAAGAAGACGGAAGAUGGGGAAAGUGGAAAAAAAGAAAAACGAAAAACCAUGCUGCCGCCUAAAUUGAGCGGCGGAAAACGGAUCGAAAUUGCACUGGAGAAGCGGGCAGAGUUCCUGAAAGCGCAGGCAGUUCACAAGGAAAAGUAGGCGUACAUUUAAUUCUGGAGAAUAUCUGAAAAGCCCAUAUUCCAGCCUUCCCUUCGAUCAAACCCCGGAUUAUCUGCACGGAAUCGGCGUCCGCUUGUUCGCUUUCACCCAAAUACUCUCCAAAUCUAUCUACAUCCUCGUCCAAGAGCUGGGAUUCGAGGCAUCACUGCAGAAAAAUGCGUUGGCAGUGUUCCAAAAGUAUUUGGCACACUGUAAAGUCGCUUUUUGUGCAGAUGAGCAGUGUGGAAACGAUGAGCAAUUGAGAUUCGUGGCUAUCAUGGAAAAUAUUCACUAGUAAGGCCAUCUCUCAGCGAAAAACAACAAACGUGACGAAAAGUUUGCAGCGAAGAGGAAGCGCGUGCAGAAAAACGGCGGAAAAAGCUGGAAAAACGGGGGAAAGGAGUGAGGGCUCUGAGCAAAUCGGCGGCUGCGUGGCAGUUGCUGACGCAGGGAAACUUGACCGAGAAUCUGGAAUUGGUGUCGGAAGAAGAAGAGGAAGAGGAGGAAGACGAAGAGCAGAGGGGAGAAGAAGCAGAAGACGACGCCGACGAUGAAGACCCCGAAGAAACGGUGGCGGUGAACGACACAACUAUGGGAUUCCUGAGAAAAGUGACGACGGCUCUCUCGAAAGAAGCGCUCCGAAGGGCGUCGCAGAUUGUGAUCAAUCUGGAGGUGCUCGUGGCGAUUGUCCAUUCGGCAAUGCUGUGCAGUGGAUACCAGAACGUGUUCGUUUCGGACAUUGUUCGGUGGAUUCGCGAGGAUCGCUUCCGCAUCUCCCUCAAAGCCAUCAAGUCGCUCAAUCGCGGUUUCAUCGACUUCAAAAAACCGACUGUGGAAGAGUCUAACACGGCGGUCUUCACUGCGGAACACUUCUUAGUACGAAUUCUUCUGAAUAUCAUAAGUUUCCAAAAUCCAAACUAUUUUCAGAAGUUUCCAUUGUACGAAAUCGUCCGAACUUCCACCCUUUUCCAUCAGUCUCUGCGGUUAGAAAAGAACAUGGCGCCGAAUAGUUUCGAGAAGCUCGCCGCCCGUCUCAUCGACAACCUGAACCUUCCGGUCGACAUUCUCAGCCGAGUGCUUCUUCUCGAGUCCAUCGUCCCUUGUGACUUGUCCCUAAUGCUCCAGAAGCAAGUGGACGUCCGGAUGGGCAAAGAUUUCGAGCAGCUGACCGGAACCGUCCCGAAACUCAACAACGAAGCAUUCAUGACGUGCUUCGGACGGAAGGAUAUGUACGGAGUGGAGACCAAGUCGGACGAGUGGGUUUUUCUUUGCAUUUUUUUCUGAAACCGCGAUUCUUCCUUCAGAGUAAUCCUUUGCAACGACUCCAAAGUCCUGGCGUACAUUCUUCUGGCUCUCAAGCUCACUUUUAACCUGGAUACUGCUCGCUGCUCGAGUUCCACUCACGCAAACGAUAAUCAAUUCGAUAUUGACACGUGGAUCCAUCAGUUGGAGAUGAGAAUCAAGUGCUGGCAGGGACACGAUAUGAGCAUGGUUCUGAGGACGACGUAAGGUAUUCGCAGCAGCUUAGGGAUCAAUCUUUCCACUUUCAGAUGCCCAAUUCCAGAGAUUCACAUGCAAACCCCGCUCGGACCGGAUCAUUUGAUGUAAGCAAUCAACUAUUUCUGUCAUUCUAAAGCCCCCCCUUCUACCUACUUACCUGUAAAAUGAAAAGCACUGAAAAGGGAGAACUUCUCAGCCAUCUGUCCGCUUUUAUGGGCACAGAUGAAGAACAGAACUCGACUUUUGGCGCGAACGUAGUUGUAACGAAGAAAUGGAAAAUGGAAAACUGUUUCAGUUUCGCGAGAGACAGUCUGCCGUUCGCCGUCCGUCACCGUCGUCAAAUCGGUUUCCGAGACUGCAUUCCCUCGGAAAUGUCCUUCCAUUCCACCUCGAACCUUCCGACCGUCUUUGACGUUCGAAGCCAUCGCUUCCAGAAAGAUCGGCGGAAAAGCGAAGCGACUCUAGCGCCGUUGAAGUUUCAAACAACUGUACUGCGCAAAGAGAUGGAGAUGAAUUCCGAAAAGUUUGAGAAUAUCGAUGAGGAUUCGGAGAAGACGUUUUUCAAGGAUUUUACAGUAGUUCUUCAGUGUUAGAAUCGGAUAAUAUUUGUAUGAUUUUAGAACUUCAAAACGACGGAAAUGGCUGAAAGUUUCGAUGAACUCUUUCCAUGCGCCAGUUCUUAUUCUGUCAGUUUGAUUCAUCAACCAAACCUUUUCAUUUCAAGAAAACAACUUUUAGCAGUAUCCGAGACCCGAUUGGAUUAGCUAUUGCACGGCCAGAAAGUCCAAGUUGACACCGGUAAGAGCAAAUUAUAAAAAUCCUCCGAAUCAUUCUUCCAUUCAGAAAACCGGGCCGCUCCGUUUUCUGCUGAGCCGAGAAGCGUGCGACGAUCUGCUCAACGUGGCCGCCUUCGGAUUUUCCGAUCGUUUCCGAUUCCUUCUCUCCUCGUUCUCGCUCCUUAUCGGUGAAGAUCAGAUGGCGGUCUACGCGGCGUUUGUGAUGCUCGAAAUGCAUCUGACGGGCGGCUCGAAACUCGAAAAGCUUCGCGAAGAUCUGGUCAAAUCGACGCCGAUUCGAAUCAACGGACAGACGUACAGCUCCUCGUCGUUCCAUCCGAAGUUCAAGCAGGGCAUCAUCACCGAUUCGCCCAUUCACAGUAUCAAUCAGCUGAGAUGGUUCAAGUUGACCGAGAAGUUUUUCGAUCAGGAGGAGGAUCUGCAGGCGGAAGAAGCGGCUUAUCUGCAGGAGACUCGGAAUCACGGGAUCCGGAGGCUCGGGAAGGAGCAGGAGGAGAUCGCGAAAAAGUAUGACAUCAAUGCUUGCUUCGAAUUCGAAACGUUCUUUCAAAUCUUAGCCAUCAAAUUCUGGUGA